AUGGCAGAAUACUGGAAAUCAGCUCCCCGAUUCUGGUGCAAACAAUGCAAGAUAUUCAUUCGUGAUACUCCUUUCGAAAAAACCCAACACGAAGCGAGUGCCAAACACCAGGGAAAUCUCAAGCGCUUUAUACGAGAUAUCCAUCGGGACAAUGAGCGGAAGCAACGAGAGACUCAGAAGGCGAAGGAUGAAGUCGAGCGAUUGAAACAAACUGUCGCAGGAAAUACAGGCGCAAAGGACAGCGGUGCAGCACCCUGGAAACGCGCCCCGGCCGCCCCUCAACCGGCGGAAAGACCUGUGUCCCUGGAAGAGAGAAAGAAGCAGAUAGCACAGCUGGCCGAGAUGGGAAUCGCUAUCCCGGAUGAAUACCGUGGUGAACUCGCGCUCGCUGGCGAAUGGCAGACGGUAUCCGAACGGGUGAUCCGAUCAAGUGACAAUGCAGAGGAAGGAAAGCCUGGUAGCUCUAUCGGGGCUCGCAAACGCAAGAUGGAAGGUGACGAGGAGGAGCAGGAGGCACGACAGGAGGCUGAGAGAUUCGUGAGCCAGGGUUGGGGCUCGAGGACUCGGCAGUACCCCGGUGCACAGAGCGAUGCGGAUUUGGAUGCCCUUCUUGAUUCUGCCAAGUAUAUAAAAAAGGUCAAAUUGUCAACGCCGGAGGAACAGUCCAAAGGGAAGGCUAGCAGUGAGAGUGUUACAGCGGGGAACGAUACGGACCAUCCUGCGGCACCCGAGUCAGGGCCACCAUCUGUCAAGGAUGAAGACAAAGAAGUCUCCCAGCUUGCUACGUCAGAUACUCCGGCGGUCAAGCAGGAAGACGAGGCGGUGCCUACAGGAGUUGUUUUCAAGAAGCGCAAGCCGAAGGUUCUGAGAAAAUAG